AUGCAAAGGAAAAAUAAUAGAGGAGGAGGCAUCAAAGCUCUAUCAACAGAUUCAGAAACUCCACCGUAGCUUUAUGUUCAUGAAGGAGGUCGAGCUCCUCUCGGACCUGGGGACAAGAUUACAAUGGAAGUCGAGUACUAUGACGUGAUUUACACAAGACAUUUAUAACAAAAGCAAAAAACUUGGGAAGAUGGGUUUAUGGAAUAUCAUCUUAAAAACUCAAAAGUAAAAAUUAACUUGAUAAAAUCCUCUUUUUACUUGUAGUUAGUAUUGUUUGCAAGAAGUUGUAGAGCCAAUCAAUUAGAUAACAAAUUUUUUAAGUAAAUACCAGAUUUAAGUCCAGGGGAAGAAUUCAAAUUGAACAAAUAUAUAGUCAAUAUUGAAAACAGAAGAAUGGAAGGGAAAAUUUCAGUUAAAAGAGAGUCACAGCUAGAGGCUAGAAAAUCUAAAAAAGCUCUUGUUAAAGCUGAGGAGGAAAAUAAAUCACCUAUAUUGAUUAAGGGAGCCAAGACCGGCUCAGUCGGCAAAGGUCUACCAACAGCAUUAAAUGCUGGACCAAAGAAACUUGUGAUGGGUUUUCCAAGAAAAUAAUUUGUCUGUCCACAAAAAGUCAAAGAUGAACCUAAAGAUAGUGAUGAUGAAGACUGUGCUCGUGGAAGAGGAAAUAAUAAUAGUAAUAUUAGAUCUUCUGAGGAAAUUGAAAAUCAGAGAUUGAUCUAACUCGAAAGAAAAACAGAAUAAUUAAGAAAAGCCAAAGAAAAAGCUAAUGCAAUGAGAAAUGAUAUAUUUUAGAAUGCUCAACCUAAAAAUUAGUUUAAUGAUCUUAGAAUGUCUUAAGAGGAGAAUAGUGGAAAUCAUGAUUUUGACAAUUAUAUGAGGGAUAUAGCUUAAAAAAGGAAGGAAAGGCAGAUUUAAUAAGAAAUUGAUGCAAGGAAUAAUUCUGGUUAGAUAAAUUUACAAAAAAUUAAGUAGAUGCAAGAGUAGAUAAUAAAAAAUGACUUGGAUAUUUUUUAAAGUUCAGAUGAGUAAAAUAGCCAAUGCAUAAAAAAAGAACACCCUGAAGAAUCUAAUAAUGUGAUAAACUCAAGUAACAUAAAUGAUGGUGCUUAAUAGGUGGUUUUUCCAUAAUGGCUAUUGUAAAAUUAAGAGAUUGAAGACCCAGAAUUAAAAAUAAAAAUAGAGAAUAAUAUAGAUGAUGGUGAAGGUGUUCCUGAAAAUCAAGAUAGCAAUACAAAUUAAAAGGCUAUGCUUAAGAGUAGUAAGCAGAAAGAUAUAUCAGACAUCAUUAAAUCAGCUGCUUAGAGGUCAGGAUAUGAUUUGCCUAAGAUAGGCAUGAUUAAUCCUAAAGAACAUGAAGAAUUCGAAAAAGAAUAUUUGAAACAUUUGAGGAUUGAUCAGCCAGAUCUCCCCGUAGUAAAAAGAGAUGAUAUUCAUGAUUAAUUCUAAUUUGAAGCUAGUGAGGAAGAAGAUGAUCCUAAUGGCCAGGAAAAUGUUGAUUAAACAUCAACUAUUAAUUCAAAAAAGAGGAAGCUUGAUGAAAUAUCAAAUGAGCUAGGUUAGGAAGGAAAUUAACAGCAUCAUGACUAUAAUAAAUUCAAGUCUAAUGCAGUUGAAAAAUAAAUUUCUUCCCCAAUGAAAAAGAGAUUAUUAACUGAUUAGAUACAAAAACAAAAUGCUUUGGAAAGACUCAAAGAAAUGCAGGAGAAAAAGAUAUCUGAAAUUAACCAGUAAAUUAAAUCUUUUGGCGAGGCAAUGAUAGAUUUCUCAGUCAGACAUCCAAUCUAUUAAUUUCCAAGAGAAGGAGUAUUUCAAAACAGAGAAAGUUAUGCUGGAUUUUUUAUUUUAGCAGUAAUAGAAAUGCUAAAAUAUGCUAUUAAAGAAGAUUAUGAAAAUUAAAGAACUGAGAUGCAAUUAAUACCUAUCAUAUUAGAAUAUACAAAGCCAUCAUAAAGCCACAGAGGAGUACUUUAGAAUGCUAAUUUUAAAAAUCUAAAGAAAAGAAUAUAAUAAAGAAAGAAAAAUGAAAGGAACAGAUGGAAAGGUAAAGGAGGAGAUUUGGCUAAAAGAGGUGGCCCAGAAAGCUAAGAUGAUGAAGAGUCUAAAUCUGAAGAUGAGGGCGCUAACUCUGGAGACGAAUCCGAUGGAGAAACCCCUGGAGCGUUUUAUAUUAAGUUCAAAGAUAAGUUGCCCCCGUUGGUAAAGAAAGAUAUGAUGGUGGAAGAUUUAUGGAUAUUGAUGAAGAGGCCUAUGAUAACUAAUUAAAAUCUGAAUGAUGUAUCAGAUAUUCUUUUUGUCAAGGGUCUUUGGCAUAGUCAUAAUGCAUAAUUGAAAAUAAAAGUUUCAAUAAUUGGAGCAAUCGAAGAAGUAAGAUAUAAAGCAGACUAAUAUAAGUUUGCUUUUAAAUCUGUAAAUCUAAAUGGCUUCUCCAGUCUUAUAGAAAAUCUAAUUGAAUUCAGAGAAAGGUCGAAUCCAUAUGUUGAUAGCAUGCUUUCCAUUAAAAACUCAAGAGCUAAGUUUAAAGUACUGAAGAAAUGUGAUCUUGAAUUAGUUGAAGCAGUCAGAUAAGCUACCUGUAUAGAAUUCAAACUUAAUAGAGAUCAGGAAUGUGUAUUAAAUGAAGUAACCAAAUGGUACCUAGCAAGGAGUAAAACAAAGAAUAAUUAAGAGCCAAUAGAUGAAUAAGUAUAAAUGAUAGAAACUAAAGAACAGGAUCCUAAAGCUGAAGAUUCAAAUGUCAUCCUUGUACAUGGUGCUUUUGGUUGUGGUAAAUCUUAUUUACUAGUAGCAAUAAUAAGGUUCAUUUGUACAUUAUUGGAUAUAAUUGGUGACAAAGAGAUAAAAAUACUUGUAUGUGCUCUAACUAAUAUUGCUGUUGAUAGAAUUUUACUUAUGCUGAAAAAUUCUGGCUAUGAAGAUUUUGCGAGAGUUGGUUCGUUAAAGAAAAUUAAUAAGCAUUUACUUAGAUAUACACAUCAUUCUGCAUCAAACAAAAAAUAAGCGGACAAGGAAGCCUUAAAGGAAUUAGAGGCUAUGAUAGAGGAAAUUAAGGCAUCUGUUCCUCCUGGGGAAAUUCUUAAACAAAAAAGAGUGGUUGGGGCUACUUGUGCCUCAACAGGAUUCGAAGUUAUGAAAAAUAUGCAGUUUAAGAUUGUCAUACUUGAUGAGUGCUCAUAAAUGCUGGAACCGUAAAGUUUAUUGCCUAUCUCCAGAUUUAACUGCAGAAAAUUGAUAGCUGUUGGAGACCCUCUGCAGCUCCCUCCUAUAAUUUCAUUCAACUUUAAAGAGAAAAAGAUGUAGCAGUAAUAAAUUUUAGAAGAGAGCAAAAAUAAAGCCAGAACUUAAAAUGUGCUGCCACAUCUACCACUUUUUGUUAGACUGAUGAAGGAACAAUUUUAUUGUAUUUUGCUUAGGACUCAGUAUAGAUGCCAUCCAAUGAUUGCUUAGAUUGCUAAUGAUCUUUUUUAUGAAAAUUAUCUUGAGAAUGGUGUAAGAGCUAAUGCUAGAAAAUAGCUUAUCAAGGAAUUUCAGCCUGUUACAUUUAUCUCAGCAGAAAAAGGAUAGGUAUUUACUUAAAUAAAUGCUCACCAUUAAUGUUAGGAAUCUAAAAGUGAGUUCUCUUACAGAAACUAUUAUGAAGCUAGAUUUAUUGUAGCGCUACUUGAUUAUUUGUGCUGCCUUAUUUGCCAAAGGUAUUCUGGAAAGCAAGCAAAUGGAUAUGAGUCUUCAUCAUCUUCAGAAGAUGAUGAGAAUAAUGAAGGACUUAAUGAUGGUUAGGCUGAUGAUGUACCUGACUUCUCAAUAGGAGUUAUUGUAACUUAUAAAUCAUAAGAGGAACUUAUUAAUUAAAUGAUUAUUGACUCAAGGAAUGAGGCUCUAAAGGCUAUUUAAGUUUCAACUGUAGAUGCGUUCUAAGGUGCUGAGAGAGAUAUAAUUAUAGUUGGCUGUGUAAGGACAAGAAAUUUAGGAUUUAUAGAGGAUUGCAGAAGGUUAAAUGUCGCUAUUACUCGAGCACGACGGCAUUUAAUUGUUGUAGGAAAAGAAACAUUAUUAACUAGAAAUUGUCAUUGGAGAUAUAUAAUAGAAAAAGCUAAAAAUAAAACUGAUAAAGUUUAUGGUUACAAAAAUGUUGAUGACUUUAUUACCAAAGGAGGAUUAUUUAAGCACAUGCUUAAAGAUUUUCAAUGA